UGUAAAUGUGAAUUCCAGUUGUUUUUUGUUGUUGUUAAUUCAUUUGUUAAUUUAUUGACGAUAAGUGAACGAAUCACGAAUUAAUUUGUUGUUUUAAGACAAACACCCCCAAACUUUUUUCUCCCUGCAGUUAGGUUAGGUCACCAGGAUGCGGGCAGAAGCACCUGCUGGUGGUGAAAGUGCCACUUAGCGCAGCACUUUUUAUGUUAAUGACCCGUCCAAGCACUUACUUUUAGAGUACAACAAGUGAGUCAUUAUUACCAGGCAUAUCGGUCAGUGGGACGCUUUUUUUUUCAUUGCAGUCACAUCACUGUCGACAUGAUCUGGAGACUUUUGGUGCUUUUGGGGGUGUCCGUCGUUCUUCUUAUGGGAGUUGAAUGCAGAAUCAGGGAGGGAAAGACGCUGACUUUCCGCCGGACUCAGCAUAGUGAUAGCCAGGGCCGAAUGCGCCGUCGCCCCAGGAGGGAUGCCAGCAGCUCCCCAGGUACUUCCAAGCCUUCACGUGGUCCUCCCUUUACCUCCUGUCGGCUCCUCCUCACCCCCGCCGAACACGAGGUUCUGGAUGACAACACACACGAGACAGGUUUUAAUGGCGAUGAUGGUUCCUAUGUAAUUCUCACAUGGGUUGGUGAUGAUACAGGGGUGGUCUUGGUGCUGUCAACAAUCAGUGGUCCUGUUCAUCCUUUAAAUGAAGGAGGCUCCACACGACUCUACAGAAGCACGGAUUAUGGCAAAUCUUUUCGUGACAUUUCUCAGAGCAUCAACCAUACCUUUAUUAAGGAGGAAUUUGGAGUCAGUGUUGGACCUGGGAUCUCUGUGAUUUUAACAGCCGACACACCCGUGCUUAACAAUCCAGGCGGGAUUAUCUUCACCUCCACGGAUGCUGGUGCAACCUUCAAGUUCAUUCAACUGCCCUUUCACCUGGCACAGCCUAUCGCGUACCACUUCUCCAACCCAGACUAUCUUGUGGCCCUAAGCAUUGAUGGCGGUCUUUGGCUUUCUCUGGACUUUGGGGCCUGGUGGACAAAAGUUCAUGAUGGAGUGCAUUCUUUCUCAUGGGGGGCUGGCAUAAACUUGUUCUUCAGCUGCAGUCGAGUAGAUGCAGUUGAGGCAGAGGAGAGGGGAGAUUUAAUCCUGAAAAGAACGAAGGACCUGGGGAAGACUUUCACCAUAAUCCAUGAGGACAUCUACAGUUUUGGCUACAUAGGAGCGUUUCUCUUCUUCUCCGUUAUGGAAGACCCGAGAUCUCCUCGAGUGAUGUAUUUCUCAUCAGACCAAGGAGAUACUUUCAGUCAAGCACUCCUGCCUUCUGCAUCCACUGAGCAGUUUUAUUCCAUCCUGGAUGGAGAUGAAGAUAUGCUCUUCCUGCACGUGGACAACCCGGGAGACACCUUCUUUGGGACCAUGUACACCUCAGACGACCGUGGGAUCUUGUUCUCUAAAUCUCUAGAGCGCCACCUGUUUGAUGGACAUCGAAAGAGUGACUUCACCAACAUUACUUCACUGAGAGGAGUGUACCUCACUAAUAAGCUAGACGUUGAUGGCCGUAUAAAAUCUGUCAUUUCAUUUAACAGAGGAGGGACGUGGAGACCGCUUAACAAGCCCGAGAACACAAACUGUGGAGACAAGAUCAAGAGUUGCAAUCUCCAUAUACAUGGGGAACACAGUCGUAAUAACCAUAUAGUUCCCAUGGUGACCCUGUCUGAGCCGGCUGCUGUUGGUCUGGUUAUUGCGCAUGGCAGCGUGGGUGACUCUCUGUCGUCAUCGCAGCACCCCGACGUGUUCGUUUCCUCAGAUGGAGGUUAUAACUGGAGGGGGACGCUGAGGGGUCCUCAUCACUACACUAUAUUGGACUCUGGGGGUCUAAUUGUGGCUGUGGAGGCCCAUCGUGAAGGACAAGUCAAGACUAUCAAAUUCUCAACGGAUGAGGGUCAGUGCUGGAAGUUGUAUAACUUUACGGAUCAGCCCUUCUUCUUCGCAGGCCUGGCGUCUGAGCCAGGGACCAAUGCCAUGACCGUCAGUGUUUGGGGCUUCCGACCCGAGGAAGACGGCCAGCCCAUGUGGGUAGCAGUCACCAUUGAUUUCCAGAGUCUCAUUACCAGAGAAUGUAAUGACAACGACUAUGAAGAGUGGUUGGCUCAUUCAACAGAAGGAGGGGGCUCAGAAAGAAAUGGAUGUGUCCUGGGUGUUAAGGAGACCUACAGGAGGUUAAAGAAGCAAUCUGUAUGCCGAAAUGGGCGAAGCUUUGUGGUGAAGAAAAAGCAAAGCCCUUGUCUGUGCACCAGAGAAGAUUUCUUGUGCGACUUUGGUUACUAUCGCCAUGUGAACACCUCAGAGUGUGUGAGACAGCCAAGCACUGCAAAUAAAACCUAUGAGCUCUGUUUGAAUGGAGAGGAGGAUGAGCUUCUGACAGAAGGGUACCGCAAGGUACCCAGUGAUAGGUGUGAGGGGGGGUUCAGUCCUCAGCUCAUAAAGCAGACAGUCAAAGCCUGUGGUAUUAAACCUAGUCCUGCUCCUCCUGCAAAGUCCACAUCUUCAGUCACACACUUUGACACACCGCGAGAAAAGCUGGUGUUGAUCCUGGUGUGUGCAGGAGCAGUCAUCAUCGUCCUCAUAGCUAUUGUUUCCGCUGUGAUUGUUGUCAGGAGAGUGAUUUAUAGAAACAGGACGCCAAUCUAUCGUUUCGCCAACCUUCGACUCCAGGAUGAUGAAAACUCCACAACAGUUGAUCAUGAAAGCGGCACGAGCAGCAAUAGCACAGCCUGCCAACAGGACUCAGAUGAUGAUCUCAUUGAAUGACACAGCAGAUAUGAUUGACGCCAGCUGCACUAAAGUGGACUGCAUGUUGCCUUGAUUUUCUUUUUUUAUUGAAGCUCCCCAAAUGUCUUGAAUGUCUUAAUUUAUUGAGCUCACUUCCUUUUUUUUCCUUUUUACACAUGUAUGUUUUCUUGAUUUACAUGUUUAACACAUUUUACUUCUGUACAAUGUAAAAAUAAAACCCAAAACAGAAUGUACAUUUAAAAUGAAACAAAUUCUGCAUAUUAUUGAGUCUACAUAACAAUAUUACAGAUUAAAUUAUACUCCAAGAAAUUUCCGCUUAAAACAUGUCCAUUUGAUGGCGCUGUUGACGCUUUUAUCUCUCCCAUGUAAAAUGACUGAAGAAGAAGAUUCAACAGGAAGUUGAUGUGACAUAGUGAAUAUUUUGACAGAUGGCUCACUACUAAAAAUAAACUACAACGAGGCAUGGCAAGGAGUGGCGCCUCGCUUUCACGGUUUGCGCCUCCUCCACAGUCCAGCUGUCAUGACGCGUAUCAGCACCACCAUCAUAAGUUAGUCAGCCUGUCCUAAAAGAAUCACACCAGAGCGUCCACCGCUA